CUGCUGCAAAACACUCAUCAGAAGAAGAAGAAGAGCCUCGGAGCUGCAGACUGGAGGAAGUUUAAGAAGCUUCAUAUUUAUUUUAACCAUAAAAUAAAACAACAUGGCUUUAAGAGCUGCAUUAAGGAGCAGGAGCGGACUGUCGGCUCUCCUCUCCCAGCGGUCCUCCUGCAGCAGUGAUAUCAGAAUGUGUGUGUCUCCUCUCCUCGUCCCUCAGCAGAGAAACUACUCCACGCCUCCGAAGAUCAGAGUGGAGUUCGACCAGAGCACGGGUGUGGCUGUGAUGCACAUGCAGAGUCCUCCGGUCAACAGCCUCAGUUUAGACUUCCUCACCGAGCUGUGCAUCAGUGUGGAGAAGCUGGAGAUGGAUAAGAGCUGCCGAGGCCUCAUCAUCACCUCGGCUCAGCCGAAGGUGUUCUCCGCCGGGCUGGACAUCACGGAGAUGUACGGGAAGAGUCCGGAACAUUGUGGAGCGUUCUGGAGAUCCGUUCAGGAGAUGUGGCUGAAGCUCUACGGCUCCAACAUGGUCACUGUCGCUGCUAUCAAUGGCUCCAGUCCGGCAGGAGGCUGUCUGAUGGCCAUGACGUGUGACUACAGGAUAAUGGCGGAUAACCCUCGCUACAACAUCGGCCUCAACGAGACGCAGCUGGGCAUCGUGGCUCCUUUCUGGUUUAUGGACACCAUGAAGAACACGGUGGGCCAGCGGACCACGGAGAUGGCUCUUCAGCUGGGACUCCUCUACAAACCAGCUGAUGCUCUGAAGAUCGGACUGGUGGACCAGCUGGAGCCUGAAGACCAGGUCAUCGCCGCGGCAACGCAGACCAUCAGCAGGUGGCUGGCUAUUCCAGACCAUGCCAGGCAGAUCACCAAAUCCAUGAUGAGGAAGAAAACCAUCGACAAGCUCACGUCCAACAGAGAGUCCGACAUCCAAUACUUUGUCAACUUCAUCACCAAGGACUCCAUCCAGAAGUCUCUCGGCGGGUACAUGGAGAUGCUGAAAAAGAGAAGAGCCUAGAGGAGAAGGGGAAAUAAUAACGUGUAUACUUUCUUUAGGGUGACGUUGUGUAUAAAAACACAUCUGGUCUCACUGUCAUAUUUUUAUUGGUGUCAAGAUAAGAUCCUUCAUACCGGUUCGACCAAUGGACGUACUCCUAAUGAUUGUGUAAAGAAGAACAUUUACUCAAGUAUUGUACUGAAUGUGCAAAAUGUAGGUACUUGUCUCUCCUGUACUUAUUACUGUACAUUCGUUCAUUUUACAGUUGCUUUACGAAGAUUUGCCUAAAAAAAAGGGUUUAUAAGAUAUGGUAUUAAUUCAACUAGCAAACAAUUUUACAAGAACGACUUCGUCAAUCAAUCAAUUAGACAAUUAAGGGAUACAUAAUUAGCAUCUAUAAACAUUAAGUCAUUUUCUAUUUGAUUUGGAAUAGGGGUGUUUUGGUACAUUUGGCCAUUUACACUAACAAUGCAUGACUUGUACAGUAUUGUUUUAGACCUCUCACUUCAGUAAUGGGUUACUUCUUCCACCACUGCUAAUGAUUCACUGACAAAUACAUUCUCUUUCCAAAUGUCAAAGUAUUUGGGUUGAAGUUACCCCUAUCUUUGAUCCAGCCGGUAUGAAAAACACUUGCAACUCCACCUCAGCCCACAGUUAGCUAUGUUUUGGAAAUAGACUCAACAUUAGUAAAACAAACUGUGAAUGAUUUUCUAGUUCUCCACCAAGUGCCUAGUCUCUACCUUUUUAAGAACCAUAACAAAUAGUGAGGAAUUAACCCUGGGACUUCUGUGAGAUGUAUGUACAAAACAUGUGCUUUAGCCUGAUUUCAUGUGGUUAGAGAACUGUUUGGUGUGAUUAAAUAAUGGAUUGUCAAAAU